CGUUCUGAGCUCCAGGGCACUUUCCCUGGGAACCGUGGGGUGGGCGUUGCACCGAGGGGUUAGAUUUCUUGCAGGGCCGCAGUCGCCACCCGCAAGGGCGCUGUGACACCGCCCCCUCUUCUCCAGCCUGUUGCUUCCCGGGUGGCUCCAGGUCGGUUUUUCCCGGCGACUCUAGUGUGACUUCCAAACUCCGAGGCUCCGCGCUCUACCCGAAAUCUGCCCCCGCCUCCCGCCGGCUCCCCCGGGCCCAGGAAGCCUCCAGCACCCAACCAAGCCCAGUCGUGGUCUGGAAAGUCCACCCCAGGGCCGCAGGUCGCAGAGCCUGCGAGGGGCGGGUGGGGGCAGCUGUGGGCGAUGAAGCCGUCUUGGCUGCAGUGCCGCAAAGUCACUGGUGCCGGAGGACUCGGGGGACCCCUGCCCGGGUCCUCACCCGCUCGGGGCGCCGGCACGGCCCGCAGGGCUUACGCGGCCCCCGGCCCGCGGGGCGCUCUCGGGGGCCGGGGCUGCCGCGCGCUGUCUUCGGGCGGCGGCGGCGAGUACAAGACCCACUUCGCGGCCUCGGUGGCCGACCCGGAGAGGUUCUGGGGCAAAGCCGCGGAGCAGAUCAGCUGGUACAAGCCCUGGACCAAAACCCUAGAGAACAGACACCCUUCCACCAGCUGGUUUGUGGAAGGAAUGCUUAACAUUUGUUAUAACGCCGUUGAUCGUCAUAUUGAAAAUGGUCAAGGAGAUAAGAUUGCGAUCAUCUACGACAGUCCGGUCACAAACACUAAGGAGACUAUCACCUACAAGGAAGUCCUGGAGCAGGUCUCUAAGCUGGCUGGCGUUUUGGUCAAGCAUGGUGUCAAGAAAAGCGACACUGUGGUCAUCUACAUGCCCAUGAUCCCACAGGCGAUAUACACCAUGCUGGCGUGCGCAAGGAUAGGAGCCAUCCACAGUCUCAUAUUUGGGGGAUUCGCAUCCAAAGAACUAAGUAGCCGCAUUGAUCAUGCAAAGCCCAAGGUGGUUGUUACAGCAUCAUUUGGCAUUGAACCUGGAAGGAAAGUAGAAUACAUACCACUUCUAGAAGAAGCGCUGAGAAUAGGACAACACAAACCAGAUAAAGUUCUCAUUUAUAAUCGUCCAAAUAUGGAGACAGUUCCUUUGGCUCCAGGUCGUGACCUUGAUUGGGAUGAAGAGAUGGCAAAAGCACAGUCGCAUGAGUGUGUCCCUGUUCUUUCAGAACACCCACUGUAUAUUCUUUACACAUCUGGAACGACGGGUUUGCCGAAGGGUGUGGUUAGACCCACUGGGGGCUACGCCGUAAUGCUGAACUGGACAAUGUCUUCUAUAUAUGGACUUAAACCUGGAGAGGUGUGGUGGGCCGCUUCUGACUUAGGCUGGGUUGUUGGACAUUCCUAUAUCUGUUAUGGACCUCUUCUUCAUGGGAACACAACAGUUUUAUAUGAGGGGAAGCCUGUGGGUACACCAGAUGCUGGUGCUUAUUUCCGGGUGCUGGCGGAGCACGGAGUAGCUGCCUUGUUUACAGCGCCGACUGCAAUUAGAGCCAUCCGUCAGCAGGACCCUGGGGCGGCCUUGGGGAGGCAGUACCCACUGACAAGGUUUAAAACAUUAUUUGUGGCUGGAGAACGGUGUGAUGUGGAGACCCUGGAAUGGUCCAAAAAGGUCUUCAGAGUACCCGUCUUAGACCAUUGGUGGCAAACCGAGACUGGAUCCCCAAUCACAGCGUCAUGUAUUGGAUUAGGUAAUUCUAAAACACCCCCUCCGGGACAAGCAGGAAAAUGUGUUCCAGGAUACAAUGUUAUGAUUUUGGAUGACAACAUGCAAAAACUGAAGGCUCGGCGUUUAGGAAAUAUUGUGGUAAAGUUGCCAUUACCACCUGGGGCUUUUUCAGGACUCUGGAAGAAUCAGGAAGCAUUCAAGCAUUUAUACUUUGAAAAAUUUCCUGGAUAUUAUGACACCAUGGAUGCCGGUUACAUGGAUGAAGAAGGCUAUUUGUAUGUUAUGUCUCGAGUUGACGACGUGAUAAAUGUUGCGGGUCACAGGAUUUCUGCAGGUGCCAUUGAAGAGUCGGUCCUUUCCCAUGGCACUGUGGCUGACUGCGCUGUUGUUGGCAAGGAGGAUCCUUUGAAAGGUCAUGUUCCCUUAGCCCUCUGCGUGUUGAGAAAAGGUAUAGAUGCAACUGAGGAACAAGUGUUGGAAGAAAUUGUGAAACAUGUUAGACAGAGCAUCGGCCCUGUGGCUGCUUUUCGAAAUGCAGUUUUUGUCAAACAAUUACCCAAAACUAGAUCUGGCAAAAUUCCCCGGUCGGCUCUGUGUGCCCUUGUCAAUGGCAAGCCUUAUAAGAUAACACCUACUAUUGAAGACCCCAGCAUUUUCGGGCACAUAGAGGAAGUGCUGAAGCAGGCAUCAUGACUUUUUGAGUCAAUUUUUCUAAUUGAGGUUGACUUUUUAAAAAUUAUGUCCCAGAAAUAAAUAUUUAAGUAGAAAUUACUAGCCAUCCGGAAUGGGACUUGUGAAGCUUGGUCUAAAAGAAGACACUGGAAACUCUAGUGAAAGAUCAGUGCCUUGUGUUUGAUUAGACUCAAUGAGCGUUGCUAUCAAUUACCUGUAAUGUGACUCAUUAUAGUUUGUCUAGCACUUUAAUUUUAGAAAAAUAUAUCUAAUGUAUGAUUUUUAAAAAGUGUUCUUCCCACCAAAAGCAUUUUAGUUGAAGAUGACAUUAAUAUAGAGCUGUUUCCUAAAAUCAGAAAUCUGCAGCUUUGACCCAAAACCUAAAACUCAAGUCAAAGUCAGAAAAUAAUUACAAUUUUUCUUAUGGAAAUUUGCAAUGUUUUCUAAUAUUUUUGACAUGACCACAUGCAUGAUCAUCAUCUAAUUAGGUGAUUUUCUAGGUAGGGAGGCCUGUUUAGUCAUUUCUUGAGGGAAGGCUGAUAAUGACCAUUAUAAGAUACUGACUUCCAGGGCACAGCUCUGGGGUCAGGUCAUUUGUUAUUCAGUCAAGGGAAAUCCCCUGCCUGGGUCCUCCAUCCUUUCUCUUUGUCAUGGAGACAAGGGCUCCCAGGAGCCCCGCCUCCUGGCUCCUGUUCUUAGUUGACUGUCCACCUAAUGAUUCCGGCUUUUAUGGAAACAAGAAAAUGAUGUAGAAAUGAGGUGGGCUAGCUAAGAAAGCUCUUCAGGAGGACAUGUAAAUUACAUUAUGCUAAGAGAAACAAAUAAGUACAGAUUUUCAUGCAAAAUUUAUAAUUGAAAUAACCCACUAAAACAAUAUUAUGACACCAAAGUAUAUCCAUUUUAAGCUUCUAUAAAACUAUUGAGAAUUAUUGUUUUUUAAUUAAAAGAGUUUUGUUAAUAAGCUUAUGGUAGUGUGCCAAUUAACCUGAAUGGACAUAUACAGAUAAUUCAAUAUGUGGUUUACAUAGGGGUGGACAUGUUAUCCGUAAUCAAAGAAUACAUUUAAACACAAAAAAAUACACCAUGCCCACUGAGUCUUUGAUGGUACUCAAACACUACUUAACCCUUCAGUCCAACAGGGACGUUAUUUUCAAAGAGCAGCUGUCCUAACAUAAUAGCCUGCCUACAUCAAGUAUAUGUCAGAGGUAAUAAGUAAAGGGCUUAUUUACUUGUUUGUUUUAUACAAAAUGCUUACAAACUGUAUAAAGACAUUUUGACAUAAAAUAUUGAUGACUUCUCAAGUCAAUUCCUAUUAGCUUAAGCUGGCUUCCUGAUUGCUACACAUGGAAACAAUACAUUUAUCUAGUCAUUCCCACUAAUUUUUUAAUAGCCUGAGUUAAACCAACUAGAUAGACAAUCAGUUUAUAAUUUGACGCCAUUGGGCUCCUUAAACUGUAGCUUCUAUUGGGUACAUUUAGUCCAUUAUCACAUCUGUAAUCUUAACAAAUAAUCCAUGUUUAAUGUCUUAGCAUUUAAUUUUAUUGCCUAACGCUUUCAUAUGAGAUUCAGUUAAUUUGAAAUGGCAGCUUCUUUAUCUGAAAAUGUAUUAGGUGCAAGGUACAAACACAAAGUGUAUUGUACUGACGCAAGCAGUGAGUGAAGGUGCACCUUUGGUCAUUCCUGGGAGUCAGAGUCUGUUCUUCCUGGGAGUCACAGCUGGAGCACACUUCCCCAGGCAGUGUGGGCUGUUUUCCAGUGGGGUGGGAGGAGAACAGUGCGAAAAACUGGGAAAGUGGCUUUUUCUUGUAUGCGAUUGAGGAAAUUUAUCUCCUUUGCAGGGUCAGAGAAAAUAAUGUUACUUUCAUAUUAAUAAAUGUGGGGCAAGAGAGACAAGUCAUCAGACUGUUUAAUUUUGGAAGGAAAGGUAAAUUUUCUAUUUUAAUAGUUUAAUCAUAAAACACUUUUACUACCCAGUUCCUAAAAUAUUUAGAAUGAAAUGUAUCUUUAAAAAUAACGAUGUAAUGUUACUAAAAAUCCAAUCACAUUUAAAUCUGCUGAAAUAAAUUCUCUGUGAUCUUCUUUCGUA